GCUUGACCUUGACCUUGACCUGUGCAUUACAUCAAUCACAACUCACCUUUUGACCAGUCUUCGAUAUACCAGUGUGUGCAACCCGAGAUAUCUUCCCAGUUGAGGCAGUUCUCUGUUGACCCAGUCGCCAAUUCAAUUGCUUUCUUUGAUCAUCGCAUCCUCGUCUUGACCUCCCUCUCCCUCUAAGCCGCGACCCGGGCUCCGUCAUCAUGAACUCUCUCAGAUACCUCCGGCCAGUCGCUUCGCGAUUGCAGGCCCCGACACUGCCCAGACUUGCGCGCGGGUUCGCCAGCAAGUCUUACGAGUACAUUCAGGUUUCUCAGCCGAAGCCCGGUGUUGGGCAGGUGACGUUAAACCGCCCCAAGGCUCUGAACGCCCUCUGCACGCCGCUCAUCCACGAGCUCAAUGAUGCGCUGAGGGCAUUCAACCAGUCCGACGACACUUCUGUCAUCAUCCUCACGGGCUCCCAGAAGGCUUUCGCCGCCGGUGCCGACAUCAAGGAGAUGGCUCCGCUCACCUUUUCCGAGGCCUACACCAAGUCCUUUAUCGAGUCUUGGUCUCUUCUCACCACCGAAGUCAAGAAGCCCAUCAUCGCCGCCGUCUCAGGCCACGCCCUUGGCGGCGGCUGCGAGCUGUCGAUGAUGUGCGACAUUCUCUACUGCACCGAGACGGCCAACUUUGGCCAGCCCGAGAUCAAACUCGGCACCAUCCCCGGGGCCGGAGGCAGCCAGCGCCUGACCCGGGCCAUUGGAAAGUCCAAGGCGAUGGAGCUGAUCCUGACGGGCAAGUCCUUCACCGGAGCUGACGCCGAGAAGUGGGGCCUUGCGGCCAAGGCGUACCCGUCGUACGAGGUUCUCAUGGAGGAGACGCUCAAGACGGCCGAGACGAUUGCCGGGUACUCGAGGGUGGCCAUCAACGCAUGCAAGGAGGUUGUGAACAAGAGCCAAGACCUGCCCCUGCGUGACGGCGUCGAGUUUGAGCGGAGAGUGUUCCACAGCCUGUUUGGCAGCAACGACCAAAAGGUGGGCAUGAAGGCAUUUGCCGAGAAGAAGAAGGCCGAGUGGACUCACUCCUAAGUGUAGCCUGACCCCCGGAAUGUAAAAUAAAUGCAAAGUGUCUGAUUCUGAGCAAGACGAACAUGUUGUGCGACCAGCAGCCUUCUAAGC